AUGCAGCGUUCUGUCACACGGAUCCUCGUCCUCCUCAGCGAGCCGGCGCGGAUCGCCGGCGCCGCCCGGGUCUACGUCCUCGGCCUCAUCCCGCAGAUCUUCGCGUACGCCGCCAACUUCCCCAUCCAGAAGUUCCUGCAGGCGCAGAGCAUCGUCCUCCCGAGCGCCUGCAUCUCCGCCGCCACGCUCGCCGCGCACCUCGCCCUCAGCUACCUCGCCGUCUACCGGCUCGGGCUGGGCCUCCUGGGCGCGUCGCUCGUGCUCAGCCUCAGCUGGUGGGCCGUCGUCGCCGGGCAGUUCGCCUACAUCGCGGCGUCCCCGCGGUGCAGGCGGACGUGGACGGGGUUCUCGUGCCGGGCCUUCUCCGGCCUGCCGGAGUUCCUCCGGCUCUCCGCCGCGUCGGCGGUCAUGCUCUGCCCCGAGACCUGGUACACGCAGAUCACCGUGCUCAUCGCCGGGCUGCUCAAGGACCCGGAGAUCGCGCUCGAUUCGCUCGCGGUGUGCAUGUCCUUGUCAGGAUGGUCGUUCAUGGUGUCGGUAGGCUUCAACGCUGCUGCGAGCGUGAGGGUGAGCAACGAGCUCGGCGCCGGGCACGCCAGGGCGGCGUCCUUCUCCGUCGAGGUGGUGACCGCGGCGUCGGUGGCGGUGGCGUGCGCCAUCGCCGCCGCCGUGAUGUGCCUCCGCGACAGCAUCGGCUACGUCUUCACCAAGGGGGACGACGUCGCGCGCGCCGCCUCCGCCAUGGCCCCGCUGCUCGCCGUCACCAUCGUCCUCGACGGCAUCCAGCCCGUCCUGUCAGGUGUGGCGGUUGGCUGCGGUUGGCAGGCGUUCGUGGCGUAUGUGAACAUCGCGUGCUACUACGGCAUCGGGAUCCCGCUCGGCUGCGUCCUGGGGUUCCACUUUGACCUGGGCGCCAUGGGAAUAUGGGGCGGGAUGGUCGGUGGACUGGUUGCUCAGACGCUUACACUUAUCUGGAUCACACUUCGCACCGACUGGGAUAAAGAGGUACAACAGGCGCGCAUGAGGCUAAAUAAAUGGGAACGAGAAGACAAGAAGACGCCCCUUUUGGCGGAAGACUGAAAAGUUGCAUGCAUGGUGCACGUGCUGAUCUACUAUCCAUGUCGUACGUGGUACCGAAGAUUGCCAUUUAUUUUUAUUUCAAAGAAAAAAAAGAUUGCCACGAUGUAAUAAGGUCAUUCGCACGGGCAUCGAAUUGGUUGAAACUGAAACUCGAAAACGAAAAAAAAAAAGAGAGCUAAGAUUAAUAAUA